CUGCUGUUUGGUUUAGUUUGUGAAGUCAACUCAAGACUUAACUAUGAAACUGUUUAUCGCUCUCACUGUCCUGGUGGCAGUUGCCUCGGCGGCACCUCAAUUUGGUGGUGGUGGUUUCGGUGGUGCUAAUGCCGCUGCCAGUGCUUCUGCUAACGCCCAAGCUUCAGGUGGCGGAUUCGGAGGCGGCGGACGUCCUGGUGGAUUCGGUGGUGGUCCUGGCUUUGGAGGCGGUGGAUUUGGAGGUCGUCCUGGUGGAUUCGGAGGUGGCGGUCGUGGUGGUGGAUUCGGAGGUGGUCCCGGCUUCGGAGGUGGCGGAUUUGGAGGUGGUCCCGGCUUCGGAGGUGGCGGAUUUGGAGGUCGUCCUGGUGGAUUCGGAGGUGGCGGCGGUGGAUUUGGUGGCGCCUCUGCUAACGCAAAUGCGAAUGCAAAUGCCAAUGCUGGUGGAUUUGGCCGUUAAUAAUCUGAUGAAUCCUCAAGCUUUUUAAGUAUCAAUAAACCCCAAUAGUUAAAUAAUUUGGCAAACUCUUUGUGUAUCAAAAGAUAAAAAUAAAUUGUAUAUAAAUAAUAAGGGUAAAUAUACAAAUAGGUUGAUACCUUGAUAAAAUUCCGCUAUCGAUGAGAAAACAGCUUUUCAUCGAAUGUUUUUCGUUGUGUACUCAUAAAAUUGUUUUUGAGAAUAAGUGAGUUGGUAUAUAUGUAAAAUGUUCAGUAACGAAUUAGUUUACGAACUAAAUAUAGAAAACCAACCAUUUGUUAAGACUCUUAUUAAUAAAUGGCAAAAGUAUACGUUCUAUUAGAAAACCAGUAGAGAGCUAUGAACCAAUAAAUCAAAGCGUGCUCGACUAUAUAAUACCCGCUAACCUUUUUCAAUUAAAAAACACGUACGGUGUUAAUUAAUGUAUCGCAAUAAUUUAAUUCAAUAAUUCACAUUGAAAGUCUACUACAAAAUAUACCAGAUUGGAAGCCAA